CCCCCAGUUCUCCACUCCCUGCGUUACCUGGAUGUGGCGAUGUCAGAGCCCAGCCCGGGGAUCCCUCAGUACAUGAUCAUGGGAUACGUGGACGGGAUCCCCUUCGUGCGCUACGACAGCGAGCGGGGCCGGAUGCAACCGCUGACGCCGUGGAUGGCGGCCGGAGCCGAGCCGGGAUAUUGGGAUAGAGGGACCCAGACUGCUGAAUGGAACCGGCUCCUGGCUGCCAACAACCUGGAGACAGUGGGGGCCCGGUACAACUGGAGUGGGGGUCUCCACACGGUGCAGACACUUUCUGGCUGUGACCUCCUGUCCGAUGGGAGUGUCCGUGGGUCCCGUCGGGACGGCAUCGAUGGGCGGGAUUUCAUCUCCUUCGAGCUGGGAUCCAGGAGCUUCGUGGCGGCCGAUGGAGCUGCCCAGAUCACCAAGAGGAGAUGGGAACACGAUGGGAUCGCAGUGGAGAGACUGACACAUUACCUGGAGAACACCUGUCCAGAAGCGCUCCGGAGAUUCGUUGGAUGCGGGCGGGAGGCACUGGAGCGCAAAG